GUAUUUCCCUCUCUUCGGAUUUUCUCUGUUUCUCGAAAGAAAAAAAAUAAAACCAGAGUUCUUCACAAUAAUUCACAGUUUCUUCGACCAAACACAGUUUCGAAGAGUACUAGACAAAAAAAAAAAAAAAAAAACACAGACCCAAUAAAUAAGGUUGUUGGUCUUCUUCUUAUUUCUGCUUCUGUUCUUUACACAGAUUUUCAUAGAUUUUGAGAAAUAAACCAUGGGGUUUUCCGAGAAUCAAAAUCCGAAUGUGGGUAUUCCUCUGUUCUUGGAUUCUUCUAGAAAAAGGAAGAGGCGAAAUGGUUUAUCAGUAGCUGACACAUUGAAACAAUGGAGUGAAAAUUCUGAUACCAAAAAAGCCCUUAAACCCCCUGCAAAGGGUUCAAAAAAGGGUUGUAUGAAAGGCAAAGGAGGUCCUCAAAAUCAAAACUGUAUAUACAGAGGUGUUCGACAGAGGACUUGGGGAAAAUGGGUAGCUGAAAUUCGAGUUCCUAAUAAAGGAAAACGACUCUGGCUCGGUACUUUCCCCACUGCUUUCCAAGCUGCUUUAGCUUAUGAUGAAGCUGCUAAGACCAUGUAUGGUGAAAAAGCUAUCUUAAACAUGCCCCACGGUUCCGAUACCACUACUACCACAUCAGCUUCUUCGGAGUCUACCACGGCUACGGCAAGUGAUGUAAAAGCUGAGGUGAGGGAGGAGGCGAAAGUACUAGCAGAAGAAGAUGAGAGCAUGAAAGAGAUGGAUUAUAGUUGGCUUAAUGGAUUGGAGUUUAAGGAUGACAUUGCAUUGAAUUGUGGAGCGAAUAAUAAUAUUAGUGUGUGGGAUGGUGGAUGGCUUUUUAACGAGGAUGAUUGUUUUAGUAUAGAUGAGCUUCUUGGUUGACUUGUGUCAAACAUUCUUUUUUAUACAAUUAUUUAUAAAAAU